AGCGGCCAUAUUGCAGUGAUAACCGCGCGGCGGGCGGACGAGAAUCGAGGCCGGUGCGUGGGCCGCCCCUCCCGCGCCAGGUGCCUGCCGCUCCGGGCCGCGCCGGUCUUACGAACCUUCCUGUGGAUUUGCGCGACCGAAAUUCGGUGGUUGAGCCGUAUUUGAGUGUGUCAGUGGUUGUUACGGCGCGGCCCAGGCGUGGCAGGAUCGUCCGACCGCCAAGUGUUGUGUGUGGGGCUGGAGGCCCGAGUGCCCUUGUGCGAUGUGUGUAGGAGAUGUGUGACCGUGGAACGUCCGUUUUGUGGGGACGAUGAGGGAACAGGAAGGCGACGGCCCGGAGAGCCGUUAGCCGGACUCGAUGGACGAGUAUGGCGGGCCGGCGGCGCCGCCCCGGCCGCCCAAGCCGGCGGCGCGCGUGCACCGGCCGCCGGCCGCGCGCCCCGCCGUGUCGCUGCUGCGCCCGCGCCCCGACGCAGAGCGCGAGCGCAACGCCUACGUGGAGGCGCCGUGCCGGCCGCACCAGCACCAGCACCGCGCCGCCGUGCCGCUCAAGCCGGUGACGGCGCAGCCCGCCGCCGUCGACAAGCGGCGCGCGCUCGCGCCCGACUCCAUCGUGUGCGAGCGGUGCGGCCGCUGCCGCUGCGAGCAGUGCGCGCGGCCGCGGCCGCUGCCGUCGCGCUGGCUGUGCGGCAGCUGCCUGUGCAGCGCCGAGGCGUGCGUGGACUACGCGUCGUGCAUGUGCUGCGUGAAGGCGCUGUUCUACCACUGCGGGAGCGGGGAGGACGAGGCGGGCUCGCCGUGCGCGUGCGGGCCGCGGCUGGCGUGCGUGGGGCUGCUGUCGCUGCCGCUGCCGUGCCUGUGGCUGUACUGGCCGCUGCGCGGGCUGGCGGCGGCGGGCGCGGCCACGUACGCGCGCUGCCGCCGGGCGGGCUGCCGCUGCCCGGAGCCGCCGGUCCGGCCCUCCAGUAUUAUCUAGUCCGCGCGCCGCCCGGCCGGCCGUGUACAAAUAUUUAUGACGCGCGGCCGGGGAGGACUCUAGUGCCUGAGUGAGUGCGCGGGGUGCACCGGACGAGCGCCCCGCGGAGUGAAUCGUCUACGAGUACCUUGUAAAUAUAGUCGUAUAGUGUGAAUGUACGUGAACGUGUCGCCCGAACGCCGAAAGUCUCAAAUUUUCUUGAGACCGUGACGUGUCAUAAGAAAACGUUAACGUUAGUAUUUUGGAUUCGAGAUGAAUUCAGAGAAGAUUAAGAAAUGAGAUAUAAAACAUACUUAUUAAGAUGUAGAUAAUUUACCAUUUAUUUAUUAACUGAAUUUGUAUUUAUUUGUAAAUAAAACGACAACAUUAUAUUAUAAAUACGAAUGUUUACUACA